AUGUUUGCUCCAAGGUAUGAACCAUCAAAGGUAUGCCGUGUAAAUGAAGUCCCCAGCAAAGCGGAACAAGUUGUUCCUCGUAAGAGAGCAUUGGAAGACUAUAUUGAGAGUGAAAGGGAAACAGAAGGUGAUGAGGAUGAGGACAUGAACGAUGCACAAGAAAGUAUGGGUGCUGAUGAAGACGAUGAACUAGAAAAGCAGGAAAACGGGAUUUCGGAGGAUAUGUUGUCUGGUGAUUCCAAUACAGAAGUGACCAGUUCAAGGCACGAAUCCGUGUUUUCCAGGUUUCGAAAAAGCAUGGCCAGACAGGUUAAGGAUGAUAUUCAUGAUAAGUCAGACUCGCUCAGAUAUGACGAUGAGGAAUCUGUGCCCGUUCAUGAAUUAGCUCCGAUUCCUCAACCGGCUAUUGUUCGAGACAAGAACUUUCAGAAUGCUAAGAGUGAUCACAAGCUAACUGCAUGGUCCAAUAUUUCAAAGAUAGUCUACGACAAUAGUAUGGAGAAGCCGUUCAAUGCUUACAAGACCCUGCUAUCUAGUCGUUUGUUAACUAAUAUUGAAAGCCAAUUUUCACACAUAGCAUUCCCAGUCCAAACAUGCAUGUUGGAUGCCAUUUUGCCUACAUUAACAACGGCAUAUUCUGUAUCAAAAAAAAACUAUACUAGAAAAGUUGGUGAUAUUUUAGUUAAUGCUUCUACUGGUUCAGGGAAAACUUUGGCAUAUUCAAUUCCAAUAGUCCAUAUCCUUUCGAAACGGAUUGUAAAUAGACUACGUGCAAUCAUCCUGGUUCCAACAAAACUUUUGAUUCAGCAGGUAUAUGAGACAAUUCUAACGCUUUCCCAAGGUACUAGUUUAAUUAUCAAUGUAUCUAGACUGGAUAAGUCUUUAAAGGAAGAACAUUUGAAGUUGCAAUCAAAAGAACCUGACAUUCUGAUUGUAACCCCAGGUAGAUUAGUGGAUCAUCUACACAUGUCUACGUUCUCCUUACAAAACCUCAAAUUUCUGAUCUUAGAUGAGGCUGACAGACUGCUAAACCAAUCAUUUCAAAAUUGGUGCUCAGAAUUAAUGACUAAAAUAGAAGCCGAGAAGCUUGAUAAGAACCCGGGAAAUAUACUCAAGAUGAUAUUCUCAGCAACUUUGACCACCAAUACAGAAAAGCUGCAUGAAUUGAUGCUUCACAACCCCAAAUUAAUUACAAUGGGUACUGAAAAACUCUAUAACAUGCCAAAAUUACUUCAAGAAUUUAACAUCCCCAUCCCCACAGCGAAGAGUCAUAAAAAACCGUUGAUCCUCUUACGCCUUCUCUCUACGUUACAAGCACCUGAUCUUAGAGUUUUGGUAUUUGUUAAAAGUAAUGAUGCAUCUAUUAGACUCUCCUCCCUCUUACAAAUUAUGAUCAAUCGCCACCUCGGUACAGAUUCUAUCGAAGUGGCAUCUAUUAACAACAACAACUCAAAAGCCCUCAAUAAAAAAUUAAUCAGCUCAUUUUCCAAGCCUAAUUCCCAACAAAAAACCACAAAGGUUCUCAUUUCCACUGAUCUAAUGUCGAGGGGUAUUGACAUUAUUAAUAUCACUCACGUCAUUAACUAUGAUCUGCCAGUGUCCUCUCAACAAUACGUUCACAGGUGUGGCAGAACUGCAAGAGCACACACACACGGUUCUGCACUAAACAUCCUCGUAGGCAAGGGCGAACUCAACUUCUGGCAUGACCAAAUCAAUACUGAUAUAAGUAGAGACAUUGAAGGUUAUAAAAUCACACCAUUUGAUGGUGAAAAAUUACUGAAUCUAAUUAAAGUAGAUGACAUGGAAGAAGCCACUUAUAAAGACUGUCUCGAAGAGUUAAAACACAACGUCCUAGGCCACUAA